AUGUCUGACUCCGAAUCGGAUACUGAAAUCACCAUCGCCAAUGACUUGGUCGUCACCAAGUACAAGAUGGCCGGCGAAAUCGCCAACCGAGUCCUCGCCCUCCUCAUCGAGAAGACCAAGGUCGGAGUGAGCGCCCUCGAGAUCUGCAAAUACGGAGACGACUUGAUCGUCCAGGAGACCGACAAAAUCUACAAGAAAGAGAAGGACAUGACCAAGGGUGUUGCCUUCCCCACCCAGGCCAACGUCAACCACUGCAUUUGCCACUACGCUCCUCUCUCUUCCGUUCAGAAGGACGUCAUCAUGAAGGACGGCGAUGUCGUCAAGCUCGAUCUUGGUGUCCACGUCGACGGAUACAUCGCUGUCGUCGCCCACACCGUUAUCCUCGGUGACGCUAAGAAGGGACGAGCUGUUGAUGCUCUUCUUGCUGCCCACUACUGCGCUGAAGCCGCUCUCCGACUCGUUCGACCAGGCAAAGAAAACAACGAAGUCACCGAUGUUGUCUCCAAAAUCUCCGAAUCAUACAACUGCCGCGCCGUCGAAGGUAUGCUCUCGUACCAGAUGGAGAAGGACACCAUCGACGGAAAGAAGACCAUCAUCCAGAACCCAACUGAGAAGCAGCGACUUGAACACGAAAAGUGCGAGUUCGCCGUCAACGAAGUUUACGCUAUCGAUAUGUUGAUUUCCACUGGUGACGGUAAAUCCCGUGAUAUGGAUGUCCGAACUACUAUCUACAAGCGAGAACCAGACCAGGUUUACCAGCUCAAAAUGAAGGCUUCUCGAGCUAUCUUCUCCGAGGUCGAAAAGAAGUUCGACGCUAUGUGCUUUAACCUCCGAGCUCUCGACGACGAGAAGAAGGCCAAGAUGGGCAUCAACGAGUGCGUCAACCACGGUCUCAUCACUCCCUUCCCCGUCCUCUUCGAGCAAGAAAAGGACGUCGUCACUCAAUUCAAAUUCACGACGCUUCUCAUGCCCAACGGUCCAUUGAAGAUCACUGGCCUUCCCUUCGAUCCUUCCCAGUACGAAUCUGAGUUCAAGAUCGAGUGCGAAGAAAUCAAGACUCUCUUGGCAUCGUCAGUGAGCCGAAAGAGCAACAAAAAGAAGAAGAAGAAGGCUGCCAAGAAAGCCGCUGCUGAUGCUGGCGUCACUGCUUAG